AUGCCUGAUACUCGCGCCAUCAAGCGUUGGAAUUUCCGCAUCAUCCCCGUACUGAUAGUCGGCGUCUUUGGUGUCGCGGCGUAUGCCGUCGUCGGUCGACUCUGCGUGGAAAAUAUAUUACGCGCCCAAGGCAAAACCGGUCUUGCUGCCGGUCUCUUGGUGCUGUUCUUUCCGCUGUACAUACUCACCCUCGUCUCGUACGCCCGAGUCUUCUUCGCCGUCCAGCUAGACCCGGGCCUUGUCCCCCUCGCGAAUGGUGCCGACCGCGACGAACCUGGCGAGAAGCGUCGCCAUUCUCGAUUGAGGCAUGCCAGGGAUGCCGAGGAACCCCCUUGGGCCCCGCCCGACUCGAGUCCCGACAGCCCCGGGUUGGAAGCCUUUUACAGCAAAGACGUGUUUGCGUGCGAGGCCGACGGUCGGCCCAAGUGGUGCUCGGAAUGCCGGCAGUGGAAGCCCGACCGCGCACACCAUUCUCGCGAACUGGGCCGGUGUGUGAGGAAGAUGGAUCAUCUCUGUCCCUGGGUAGGCGGCAUGGUGUCAGAAACCUCCUUUAAUUUUUUUACUCAGUUUACCUUUUACACCGCCUGUCUCUGCGCUCUGUGCGGUGCCAUCUCCGUGUAUUGCCUCGUCAAGAACCUCGACUCUGGUAACAUCGUCGUCGACGGCUGGGUCAUCGCCAUCAUUGCCAUAUCCUCCAUCUUCGGCCUCUUCUCUUUCGGCAUGACGCUCACAGCCGGACACUACAUCUUGACCAACAUCACCAACAUUGACAUGCUGCGAAGGAGGCAGACGUUCAACCUGGCCGUUCGAAUCCCACGAGGGACACCGCCGUCGCCGAAAUACCAGACCAUAACCUACCCAUUGCUGCCGACCGCAGCGGGCGCAACCAUGCCCGUCCAAGCAGACUACGCUUCGGCCUCGGCUUCCGCGCGCGACCAAGACGCAUUCCGCACGUUCGCCAUUUUGAAGACAGAACCGUACGAAAAUCCAUGGCAUCUCGGGUUCUGGGAAAACUGGAAGUCCGUAAUGGGCAACAAACCCUCGGAGUGGUUCCUGCCCAUCAGACACUCCCCAUGCUGCAAUCACGACAGCGUGCACAGUGACUAUCCGCUGGGACCCCUUCUCGACGAACUGAGGAAGCGCUACGAACUGCCCGACGAUAAGUAA